UUUUUGUCCAUCCACGUCCAAGCGCGGCCACCAUAAAUGUCUUCCUCUUUUUUAACCAUAUUUCGAUUUUACCCUUCCUCUCUAAUAUCUCCACCCUCUGCAUCAGGGCUAAUUCUGUCACUUCGCACACCGUAAAUAUAGAGCCAGUUAAAAUUGCCUAAAUUCGUUCGCAGUCACAGAUACUCACUUUCUCUCUCUCUUCAAAUUCGCAUUCCCGAUUCCAUCAUCACAAUUUUUUCUCCCCAAACCCAUCGGAAAAUGCAUUUGCUGCCCAGUCUUAAAGGGUUUACGGAUUUUACCGCCGGCGCCAGGACCUUCUUGCCGGUCCGGACAUCCGGUUUCGAGAGAAGACACUGGCUCAAUUUUGCGGAUUCCUCUAGGAAUUGUAGGAUUGUCGCGUGUUCCGUUGAGAGAAAUGGGAAUGGCGGUGGAGGAGGAGCGAGUUCGAGCUCCAACUCGAGUUCCGGGUCGGACAUGGGCUCGGAUUAUAGGGCGAGUUCGUUUUUGUUUCGGACUCAAACUUAUGCUUUGUUGAAACAGCAAAUGGAGGUUGCUGCCCAAUCUGAGGACUACGAAGAAGCUGCCAGAAUUCGUGAUUCAUUGAAAUCCUUUGAGGAAGAAGAGCCAAUUCUGAGACUUCGCAGGUUACUCAAGGAGGCCAUCAGUGAAGAGCGGUUUGAGGAUGCUGCUAGGCAUCGAGAUGAACUAAAGGAAAUUGCACCACAUUCCCUCCUGAAAUGUUCAAGCGAUGCAACAACCUUGGGGAUCAGAGUUCAGGUUAGGAGUGUGUACAUUGAAGGCCGAAGUCAGCCUUCAAAGGGACAGUAUUUUUUUGCAUACAGAAUAAGAAUCACAAAUAACUCAGAUCGUCCUGUUCAGCUUCUCAGAAGACAUUGGAUUAUCACGGAUGCCAAUGGAAAAACUGAAAAUGUUUGGGGGAUUGGUGUUAUAGGUGAACAGCCAGUUAUACUUCCUAAGACAGGGUUUGAAUACUCAUCUGCUUGCCCAUUAUCUACCCCAAAUGGCAGAAUGGAAGGUGACUUUGAGAUGAAACACAUCGAUAGAGUAGGGUCAACAACUUUCAACGUGGCUAUUGCACCAUUUUCUGUGUCAAUACUAGGAGAUGAAAGUGAACCUUUCUGAAAUAUGCAGGGGCAGAGGAACUGCAUCUGUUCCAUGCAAUGUGCCAUUUACCAAAUUGAGUGUUAAAAACAAAAACUACAAAAUAGCAUCUUUUUUUUUUUUUUUUUUUUUUAAAUUAUGCAAAUGUAAAAGCCAUCUCCAUUAUUGGGGAAUAUUCUCAUAAAUUGUUGUCUAGAAGGUUACAAAUUCUCAUAAUUGUAUUUGUAUGUAGUGAUCUCGUGGAAGAAAUUUGUUAGUAGAGAUGAUCAAAGGUAUGCCAAUAAUAAAUUUUCGAUUUGUGA